GUUUUUUCUGUCUUUUUUGUGUUUUCAAAGCUCUUGUUAAAAAUAAAAUCGACAGGCUAGCGGAUUGCUUGCCCCCCACUCUCUGCAUUCUGCUUCUUUCACAGCUGACUGUUUAUAGCUCCGCCUCUUUGCCUUUCUGUCCUAUUUAUAUCCUAUUUUUCUCAAUUUGUAGUUGCAAUUGUCAUAUACUUUUAUUUGGAAUUAACCCACAGUCUCUUACUCGUUCGCUCGCUCUACUUGGUCCUGCUGGGCGUUUCUUUUAUUUUGGUCUCGAGUCCAUUUACAGCUCUGCUUUUGUUUUCCCAGCCCUGCCCGGUCCUCUGUCUGCUUGCAUUCAUCCUGCCCCGUCGUUCGCCAGCUGUUGAUUCUUUGGGGAUAACUACCGUCCACUCAUCACUUUUAGUUACUUGACAACGUUUGUGGAUUGCGCGCAGCCCAUAUCCAAUUUAUCACAUUCGUUAUCCGUCACCCACAUCAAUCACUGCUUGUCCGAAAUGAGUGAUGUCUACUCGAUGCUGGAAACCAUGGAGAGGGAUGGCCUUUCGGGCCCUCCGCCGAUGGACGGCUCCUUGAGGCUAGACACCAAUGCGCUUGACAAAUUCAUCGACGACUCGGAGAACCCAAGGUGGAACUCGCUUUUUCUUCAGUACUUUGUCGAGAGCGAGGAUGCCAAUCAUGACGAUAUGUUGUUUUUUGUGCGCCAAAUCGAAGACCUUGCCGACGCAGCCAACGGCGGGCGCGCAGCUAACGAAGAGCAGGACCCAGUGUUUGUGCUUCGGAAACAGUCGCCGCCCAACAUUCUGCCUCCCAUUGCAGAGGUGAUAAUGUGGAAGGAGACCUUUUUACUCAACCUGAUUGUGCAAAUGCCCUGUAAGCUGACUGUCGCCGUGUGCCGCCGGAGAUCAAAGCAGGGCAGUCAGCGCGGCGGCAUGAGCGUCGUGCGCAAGCACGUCAGCAAGCGCGUCUAUGCGCUGCCAAACAAGUCGCGCAUGGACAGACCCAAAGACAAUACCACCCCGCCAGAGUGCUCGUGGCCGUACAUAUACUACGUGAUUGACGACUACGAGGACAUGUUUGAAGACAUGUUCAUUAAAAAAGGCGAGUACUUGUGCGUCGAGCUUUCCGCGCGCAUCCCAGUGCCCGAGGACCCGCUGGCGACAGCCCCAAAGCCAAUGUCAAAGGGCGUGCCAAGCAGCAGCGAGAAGCCUGUUAGCAUGGCAAGCCAGGACGGUAAUGUUUUCAACUCGGUGCGCAGCCGCCUGACCUCGGCCGCCUCGGGCACCGGUACUUGCAAAAUUGUUCUAUUCCAGGGCGCGGCGUCCUUUAGCGCGCUCAUCGACAACUACGUCCUCCGACUGUCGUCGAAGAACAUGCUGCACCGCUUGCGGAAACCUACAUACACCCCCGAAUUUAUAAUGAUGCGCGGGCCAGGCGGCAAGGGCCACGCACAGGUUGCCAUCACCGGCCGCUCAAACGUCGACGAGGCCGAGUUUGCGUCGCGCAGCGCGAGCAUCGUAUCAUCACCAGUCAUGCAGCCGCACAUGAGCGUCCCUGCAGCGCCAGCGUCCAUGAUCAAUGGCAUGUGGCCCAAGAUGCCUGCUGUGGCAUCGCCACACUUGCAGCCGAUGUCGACAGUCAACUCGACCCCCGCGUCACCGUCGCUUUCGGCCUGGCUCAAGCGCAUCUCUCUGCCCUCCAUUGCUGAGAACCUCUCGCAGGCCACUAGCCCACCGCCGCCGCCAAAGUCCCUGCAGGCCAGCAUGACGUUCAUCAGCAUCCCUUGGAACAGCAUCAUUGACGACCUGCUCAACUUCAAGCGCCAGCUCGAUUGAGCAGAGAGCUGCCACCCAAAGGAUGCCUUCAUCCCCACUGUACAUCGAACAACUCUCUCUCUCUAUUACCUUUGUUAUCAAACCCCAAACACCCACCAUCCUAUUUAGUUCAUACAUACAAACAUAAAUAUUUUCACCUCAUUUGCCCCCAGCCCGUUUUUUCUGCUCCUUUCAGGUUUAGACUAAUAUGCUUUUAUUAUAUUUGGGUUUAAUACAAAUACAUGUGUUUUAUAUAA